AUGUUGGAGCUUGAUAUUAACAGUACCAUUUACGCAGACCCGGCGAUGCGCUUGCCCCCUGAACUCAUGAUCGAAAUUCUCGGCUACCUCGACGCCCGCUCUCUCAGUCGCAGCGAACUCGUCUCUGGUCGCUGGGCCGCCCUCUCUCGCUCCCAGCAUUGCUGGCGCGCCUCCUUCCUCUCCGCGUACAAACCCACGAUCAACGUUACCCCUCAACCGCGCAUGAUGGGCGGCCUGGGAAUCGGCACCAAACCCAACGGCACCCAGGACUAUAAGCAAAUGUACAAAGCCCGGCACUUGAUUGAAGGUAACUGGCUCCACUGCAGCCCCCGAGCGAUCUACUUCACCGGUCAUACCGACAGUGUGUACUGCUGCCAAUUCGAUGAGGACAAGCUCAUCACGGGAUCGCGUGACCGCACCAUCCGGGUGUGGUCGAUGCGCGAUUUCCGCUGUCUCAAAGUCAUCGGAGGCCCGGCAUCCCGCCCGGUUCGCGACGACCCGGAGACCCGUCUGCCUACCCAUCCGCACGCAACGGUGAUGGACCGCCCCAGCCUCAACGGCACCUCCGAAGGCAACGAAAUCUACCACAUCCCUGAACAAUACCACCAGGCCUCCAUCCUGUGCCUCCACUACGACGACACCCAUAUGGUGACCGGCUCCAGCGACACCACUUGCCUCGUCUGGGACCUCGCGACCUUCGAGCCCGUGCGCCGCCUCCGCAAACACUCCGCCGGCGUCCUCGAUGUCUGCAUGGACAGCACCCGCAUCAUCUCCUGUAGCAAAGACGCCACCAUCUGCCUCUGGGACCGCGCCACCGGCGACCUCCUCGGCGUUCUCACCGGCCACAACGGCCCCGUCAACGCCGUCCAGCUGCGCGGCAACCUCCUCGUCAGCGCCUCCGGUGACGGCGUCGCCAAGCUCUGGAACCUCCAAACCCAGAAAUGCAUCCGCGACUUCCCCAGCAAAGACCGCGGGUUAGCCGCCGUCGAGUUCAGCGCCGACACGCGCUUCGUUCUCGCGGGCGGAAACGACCAGGUUAUCUACAAGUUCGACUCCGCUACCGGGGAGCUACUACACACGUAUCGCGGGCACACAGGCCUCGUGCGCAGCCUGUUCCUCGACUCGGUGAACGGGCGAGUGAUUUCCGGGAGCUACGACCAGAGCAUGCGGGUUUAUUCGUUCGACGGGGCGGCGCGGUCGAAGCGCUAUAUGGAUUGGACGACGAGUUGGAUCCUUGCAGCGAAGGGGGAUUAUCGGCGGAUCGUGGCGACGAGUCAGGAUGGGAGAGCGGUGUUAAUGGAUUAUGGUUGGGCGGUGGAGGGGGUGGAGAUGUUGAGAGGGGAGGGCGUUUGA